UUAAAUACAUUUCUGUAUCGUUUUGUGGCCUCUUCGAACUCAAAUCUGAUCAAAAGGCGUUUACAAUUCCACAGAUCGAAGAAGGUGCAGUUACAGGUGCAGUUAUCUUCCAUGGAGUUUAGGUCAACAGAUUCGUCGACAUUCUUCGACAGAGAUCGCCACAUACACUUCCUAGAGAUGAUGUACAAUCUCUUGCCGUCCGAUUAUCAGGGCCAAGAGAUCAAUCGCCUCACUCUCGCCUACUUCGCCAUCUCUGGCCUCGACGUUCUCGGUGCCCUUGAUCGCGUUGACAAGGAAGGGAUCAUUAGUUGGGUUUUAUCAUUUCAAGCUCAUCCAAGGAAUGAGGCUGAACUGAACAAUGGACAAUUCUAUGGGUUCCAUGGUUCAAGAAGUUCUCAAUUUCAAUCCAGUGAUAAUGCGGUUUGGAUUCCAAAUGGAAGUCACCUGGCAAGCACAUACUGUGCACUAGCCAUAUUAAAGACUAUUGGCUAUGACCUGUCACUAAUAGACUCGGAAUCAAUUUUGAAAUCAAUGAAAAACCUUCAGCAGCCUGAUGGGAGUUUUAUGCCCACCCAUACUGGGGCAGAGACAGAUCUCCGUUUCGUGUAUUGUGCAUCUGCAAUAUGUUUUAUGUUGGACAAUUGGAGUGGCAUGGACACGGAGAAAGCAAAGGAAUACAUAUUAAAUUGCCAGUCAUAUGAUGGUGGCUUUGGGUUGAUUCCUAGUUCAGAAUCUCAUGGUGGUGCAACUUACUGUGCUGUUGCAUCUCUCCGAUUGAUGGGAUUCAUUGAGGACGAUCUAUUAUCUAAAAGUGCAUCCUCUGGCAUCAUAAAUGUGCCACUGCUUCUGGAGUGGACCUUGCAGAGGCAGGCAGCUGAUGGUGGAUUUCAGGGUAGAUCCAAUAAGUGUAGUGACACCUGUUAUGCCUUUUGGAUCGGAGGAGUUUUGAAGAUCUUAGGCGGCCACAAAUUGGUAAACGAGAAAGCUUUACGCAGAUUCUUGUUAACCUGCCAGUCCCAGUAUGGUGGUUUCAGUAAAUUCCCAGGGCAGCUACCGGAUAUUUACCACUCCUACUAUGGAUUUUCUGCAUUUAGUCUUUUAGAAGAACCUGGCCUGAACCCAAUCCGUGUUGAAUUGGGAAUGACAUACGUUGCUGCCCCUGGACCUUGAUUCAAGUGUUCUUCAUGCUCGCUCUUUUACUGUCAUCUGAUCCGGCCUCACUAGCAUGCCAAUUAGAUUGCAGUGUGUUUCAGAGAAAAUAUCAUCAGAGAUAUAAAUUAUUUUGCCUUUUUCAUUCAUUGUAUGUUCUCAGUUGAGAAAGAAUGUAAUCUAAAAUGCUCGGUCUGUUUAUUUUUUUAGCUAGGCUCGGGCUCUACUUCGUCUUGAGACAAGUUCAAAAUUGAAUAGGGACUGUUCGCGUGUUUGUUACUCGACUUGGUCUGCCAUGUCUAUGUUGUGUUUAUUUAUGAGUAAGGGGGUGGGAAACAUUUUGAAUUACACAUUUUUCAUGUUUAAACUUGACUAGUUUUACAAACUGAGUUCAUUGUUGAGCUCAUGAA